AUGGUUCGUACUUCCUUCUCAUAUUUCAAUCCUGUUACAUUUCUAUUUCCAGAAUUACUAUCGAAUGGUAAAAUUGAUUUAACUAAAACUGUAGAUUAUGUUGCUAUUGUAAUUCAUAUACUUUUCAAAAUUAUAAUAGUUGCUUUAUUUAUUUUAGAAUUGAAAAACUUCUUUUUUGAACAAUUAAUGCUAAUGAUAAUUAUCUUAACUUCACUUAAUUUCUGGGUUGUAAAAAAUUAUACAGGAAAGAAGUUAAUUGGGAUAGUAUGGUGGAAUUGCAGGGAAGAAUAAGAUGUCUGGUAUUUUGAAAAAGUAAAUAAACUUUAUCCAUUAAAUAAAUAUUGCUAAUACUACUUUUGGUAUUGUCUAUAUGUUCAUGAGAUAUUUCUAUUUUUCCUACUAAUAUUCUUAGCAGUUUCGCAAAAAUGGAAAUAAUUCAUAAUAAUACUCAUCCCAACUUUUGAAAACUUUAGUUAAACCUUAAUUUAUAGUCAUGCAAUCAAGGACAAUGAAAUAUUUAGAUAUUUAUAGGAUUUAACAGAAUAUCGAUUAAGAAGAAGUAUUAAAUGCUAAUUUACUUUCAAUUUAAAACAACUUCCUUUUAAAUUAUAAUUUUGA